GGGGAAACUAUGCAAACACUUCUCCCGACGCUCCCGUGCACCUGAACUAUUGGCGUUCAGUAUUCAGCGCCGGAAGGGCCGGAAGCUGGCCGGAAGUGUGCGCUGCCCAUCUUGCAAAGUCUUCCCCUCCCUAUUGCAAGCAGGGAAGCAUAUUCCUGCAGGCGGCCUCUCUUGCUCCCCUCACUGACACUACACUCAUACUGCACUCCAAGCAUCGCGGGAGAUCCUACAUCAGCAGCUCAGAACCCCAUAGCCCACAGUGAUCCCGGGGCGUUCGCGUUCUCUCCAUUCUCCAGAAAAACAGAACACAAUGUCCACGAACAACCCAUCACCCCCUCCCCCCGCACCCCCCCCAACCAUCCCGGCAACCCCACCGCAGUCAAAACGCCUCACAAAACGCACCGACCGCCGGCUUUACACCAACUCCCUCCCCCUCAUCCUCCCCCACGCCCCCUCGUCCUCCCCCCACGUCUCACCAUUCACUUUCCUCACCACCCUCUUCGCCACCUUACCGCCCGCCCCACCAUACAAAGCAACCCUCGACUCCACCGGCUGCAUCCACGUAUCCCCCCACGACACGGACCGGGCGCGGAGAUGGGAACAACGCGUGGGGGUGAGGACGACUAUGCGGUUGGUUAAGGGAGAUGGGGACGUGGGAGGCGGGAGGAGGAUACCUGCGCUGGGGCUGUGGUAUGGCGGGUUCUUUGGGAAGGCGACGUUGUCGAGGGGGGAGAUGACGUGGUGGGAGAGGGCGUGGGAGGCUGUCGGGGAUGCUGCGAAUGAUGAUGGAGGCGGAGGGGAGGGGCCACGGCAGUUACGAUUAGGCCAUGUUCCACGCGCGAUUGCUGGGGAGAGUCUGGCAACGAAGCGGUUAGCGGCGGCAAGACGGGCGGUGGGUCCACAAGCGGGAUCGAAAACGGAUGAUGCUGAUGAGGUUGAUGACGACGACGGCGGUGGUGAUGCGGAGGUAGACCCCUGGGACAUCACACUCGGCUCCGACCCGGAAAACCACCAACUCAUGCCCGAAGAAGCCUUCUUCCUCGCUCACGGCCUCGGGAUCCUCGGGAUCAUCUCAUCACUCUCAUCACCCUCCCUCUCCCCCCACCUCACUCCCCAGGCCCUCUGGACCGCCCUCCGCGCCCCCACCCUGACCAUCCCCUCACCCCCCUCGCCCCCGACCCUGUCACCCUCCGACUUUGCCUUAACCUACACAGCCUACCACCACUACAAAUCCCGCGGCUGGGUCGUCAAAUCCGGCAUCAAAUUCGGCACCCAUUUCGUCCUCUACCGCCGCGGCCCUAUCUUCCGACACGCCGAGUAUGCGGUUGUCGUCGUUCCCACCCUCCUCACACAUGAUCACACCACACCCCCGGAUACAUCAUGCGUUCCCCAACCGGUGGUACCACAAACGACGUGGCGGCAGACGCUAACGCUCUCCCGCGUGCUCGCGCAGGUGAACAAGAGCGUGCUGCUGUGUUAUGUAGGCGUGCCUGCGGAUAUGCGCGCGGAGGACCUGGGGGAUCCGAGUGUCGUGCGCCGGUUGAGCGUGUGGGAUGUGGCCAUGCGGAGGUGGGUGCCUAGUCGGACUAGGGGGUAGAUGCACGCAGGGCGUAUGCAUGUUUAUAAACUUUUGGGUGUGAAGAUAUGGACGUAUAUGGAUGUGGGAUGGGGCGAUGCGCGCGAAAGGGAAUUGGGAGCGUUGGAUGUAUUAUAUGAUACAAGCCGAGAGCAUGCUCCAAGUAAUGGCCCUGAAUGACU